GCUGAGUUCUCACGCUCAGGUAUUUUAGACUGGUUGGUUUAGUCUCCCUUUGCUGGCUGGGAGGUCCUGUUAUACUAUGUAAAGAAAAGGAAGUUUAGCUCACUUUUCUCCGCUAACAAAAAGAGGAAUGUAACUGGACUCCUGUGGUAUAUUCAUUGAAAAAGAGUCUAGUGUACAGCUCUCCCUCAAGUGACCGUGGCCGGACAUCUCUGCAUUGCUGUUUUUCUUCAUGGCUGAUCCAGUGGCAGGAGUGACUGCUGGUGUUUUGGGCGGUAUCCUGUUACUGGUUCUCCUUGGUAUUGGCGUUUAUUUCUUGUGGAGGAGAAUGUGCCCUCGACGCCACUAUGAGGAAUUCAUACCACCCACAACUAAUCCUCCUACAAGCUGCCAGUUUGUCAAGCCUUGUUUCAUGACGCCAAUGACACCCUGUGUGAUGCCAGUAAGCCUUCAUCCACAAGCAAUUCAGGAUGAGUUAACACCCCACAAAGAAAUGAUGCGUGGAGCUUCUUUUGGUGAUAUGAGUGCAUUUCCACUUGGAUCUCUGAAUCCAGGACUCUACAAAUGUCAGCAGGAUGAGCAAGAUGGAGAUGUUCCAUUCCCAGUGGACAAAUCAAGUCGCUUAUGCUUCAUGCUGGAGUAUCGUCUUUCCUCAGAACAACUUCUGGUGUCUUUGGUGAAGGCUACCAACCUUCCGCCUGUCUGUGAGUCCUAUCCAGUCCUACUCAAGCUGUGUCUUCUCCCUGGUGAUAGGCGCCAUCAACAGUCCAAAUCCAAAAGAAGGUCGUGCAACCCAGUAUUCAACGAAAACUACAUCUUCCAGGUGUCCAGCAAGAUUUUACCCCAGAGGACCUUGCAGAUCUCACUCUUCAUCAUUGACAAGCAGAAGAGGCACCAACCAAUUGGCUACAUUAACUAUGAUAUGAAAGACAUGGCAGAAGGCACAUUGCUCUGGAAAGAUUUGGAGGGCGGGAUCAUGGAGACAUCCUCAGACAUCCAAGAACUCCAGGCAUCUCUUAACUACAAUGAAAACCUACAGCGCCUUACGGUGGUUGUACUUAGAGCGAGAAAUCUUCACUUGUCUGGAACAAAAGAAGAGAUUAUCCUGAAAGUGUGUCUACAAGGCCACGAUGAGAUGGUGAAAACAAAGAAAACAUCUGUAAAAAAGGGCGAGCCAUUCCUCAUCUUCAAUGAGAAGUUUUCUUUCCAACUGCCCCCAUCAAGGCUGGAUCGCACCUGCCUCUGCUUGUCAGUCUACGAAGGGAUAUGUUUUGUGGGCUGUGUACUGCUGGGACCUUACAUGUAUGCACGUGGAAAAGAACUUGAUCACUGGACGGAUAUGAUCAGCAAGCCCAAGGAGCUGGUAAAGGAAUGGCAUAUUCUCAGAAAGACAGCUGAGAGCCAAGGCAGUUUCUAGACAAAAUACCAUUGCUCUUUUGAGUAACUUGUACAGAGACCUACUGUAUUAAGCCAAGGCCACCAAUACAAUACCUCAUUAGUAAUGAUGUAACAAUUUGAUCUGGACACCAGGAUGUUGAUGUUCCAUGAAAUCAGUGUCCACUAGCAUGUAACUGCAGUACGUACCUUGAGUCUCAUGUUACCAGGCUGACGCUGCUUUCCUAAAGGGGGUAGGAUUACUUCCAUGGAAUGGGUAGCCACCCAUAUCCAUAUGUGUCCUGAGAGUUUGCAAUGCCAGCACUAAGGUCUACUAGUUUUGAAGACAUUGAAUAGACCUGCUUAAUAUUCAGAUUCAGGCAUUAUUCAGGGGCAUGGAAUUAUUCAGAUCCAAUAGUACCCAGUACUCUUGAGACAUAGGCCAGCCAUGGUUAUAAAGCAAAUGAUCAGCAGCAUCCAGCUGUAUCCAGUAUAUUUCAACAAGUGGUCACUUGAUUUUAAAUCAGUGACUGUCAAUGUCCAUCUGCAGUUACUGCAGUGAAUGCCAGUGAUCUAAAAUACUCUCAUAUUGUUACAAGAUGCUGUAAUCUUCUGCUUUAAUAAUUGUGAGCUUCCAUGGCCUUACUUCUUUCGACUAACUGAAGAAAAAUGGCCUUAAAGGUCCCACUGAUGACAUUUAUCUAUUAUAUAUGCCUGCUCAGAUAGUAGAGAUAUAGGGAGCCAAGGCCUGUUCAAACUAUUUGGCACAAGGUAAGAACUGACCCUGGUUGGCCUGCCAGUCUAUGAGAGCACAAAUUCCCUCACAUGAGUACAAUUUUUGAAAUCAACAAACCUACAAAUGUGCAAAAUCCAGAUAAUGACAGGAAUGAGAUCAGAGUCAACAACUCAGGGGCUAUGAAGCAUCUGCACUAUAAUUUGACACAAUGAAAUUUAAUUGCAACUAAUACACUAAGACGAGUAAUCUUUGAUGCCUAUUACAGAGACUGGUAACAGGCUGCUUCUGUUGUAAACCAAUAUAUAAUCAGCAACUCAUCCUUAUUAUCAACAGCCACCUCAAAGCUUUAACUUCUAAUGCUUCCUGCAAACAGAGUACUAAGAGGACUCGUACAAUUAAAGCUGAGGAUGUUUCCUUUUUUUAGAUUUGACUUCAAAACCUCAAGAAAUUUCAGAAAUUUUGUGCUUAGCAGUACAGUGGCAGGAGAUGUUUGGAACCCAAACCCCACAACCAUGUUGAACUUUCUUCUCUCCCACAUUUCAUUCAAAUAAAUUAUUAGCAUUUAA